AGAAUUAAAUUUCGAAAUGGACACGGUAAAUGAAUCGGAUUUACAGAUGCUAUUUGCUGAAUCGUUGGCUAAUGACAAUGUUUUUAUGGUUGCAACGACUGUGGACACAGGUUUCGAGUGGCAAGCGGUGGAUGAAUGCAAAAAAAAAUUGGAUAAAAAUGUUAUGAUCGUUAAGGGACGCGGGAAGAUUUUCUUGAACGCGAAUUGGAAUCAAUUUAAACAAGUACAAGAGAUGAGGUCAAUAGACAAUAUAUUUAUAGUUGCAGAUGUAAGAAAGUUUAAAUUUAGUGAAUCUGAUAAGGAAGCUGACCUGCAAUUGUUCAAAGAUUCAGUGCUUAGUAGUAUGAAAUUAGAGAAGACUUUAAAUGCUUGGAAACGAGUAACAGAUUUUCAAGGAAAAGUAUAUCCUACUAUUGCAGAAUAUAGUGUGGCAGAAAAAGAUCGUAAACUCACAAAUACCAAUACCACAAUUGCAACAUGUAGGGGUAGAAAAAGAGGUCAGGAUCCAGCUGAAGCUAAAGAAAAUGAAAUUUUAAGGUAUAGAGUAACUUGUGAAAGAAGUGGUAAACAUUCGUUCGAAUCAGCUGAUGUUGCCAGGGCUAUUGGAGGGGAAUUACAAGAUAAAUAUUGUUGGCUUGUAGAUUUGUCUUCGUAUCACUUAGAGAUACUUUGCAAAUUAACUAAUGAGGAACUGGUAACAUAUUUUCGUGUUACUCAUGUGUCUAAGCAUCGUAGAAAUAUUACAUUCUUUGGACCAACUACCCUUAGAGCAACUAUAUGUUACAAUUUACUACAAUUAGCUAAUCCCAAUCUAGGAGACAUAAUAAUUGACCCAAUGUGUGGUGGUGGCUCUAUCCCGAUAGAGGCAGCUUUAGUUUACUCCCAGUCUUACAUUAUUGGUGGUGACAAUCAUCCAAAAGCUGUUGAUAGGACAAAAUCUAAUAUUGAUGCAUCUGCCUCCAAUUGCAAAAUUGAUUUAGUACAUUGGAGUGUAUCACAAUUACCACUUAAAAAUUCGUACAUUGAUAUUGUCGUUUCAGACCUGCCAUUUGGAAGAAGAAGUGGGCGAAUGAUAGACAACAGAAUACUUUAUAAACAAUUUUUAAUAGAAUUAGGACGAAUUCUAAAAAUUUCAACAGGCCGGGCGGUAUUACUCACUUAUGACAAACGUAGCUUUAAUAUGGUAUGUUACUGAAGUUCAGAAAUCAAUAUUCUUAUCCAAAAUUACAUAAACAUUUGUUUACUUAGGCUUUACAAACAGCAGGAGAUUUAUUCUGGGUAACAAAAAUGUUAGGUGUAAAUAUAGGUGGCCUCCAAGCUGCAGUCU